ACACACAUCUGACGUCGAAGUGCGUGACGUCAUCGCGAGGCGCGAAUUCUGCUUGUUUCCUGUCAUCGAUAUAAACAGAAAUAAUGCAGCGUUAAGUUUGAAAAGUAGUGGUUCUGUCCUGUAAGCGGUCAUGGAUAUCAGCGCCUUUGACGCGGAUAACUCUGUCAGUUGCCGACUGGCUUCCACCAUUCCUGAUAUCUGUAAGGCUGAAGACUGCUGCCUGGGCAUCGACGAGGCUGGCAGAGGACCUGUGCUGGGGCCAAUGGUGUAUGGAAUCUGCUUCUGUCCGGUUUCCAAAAAAGAGGAGCUGAAGGGCUUGAAAGUGGCAGAUUCCAAAACACUAUCAGAGGCAGAGAGAGAGAAUCUGUUCGAGAAACUGGAUGAGGGCAAAAGUUUCAUCGGCUGGGCACUGGACAUUCUGUCUCCGAACACUAUCUCCACCAGUAUGUUACAGAGGACCAAAUGCAACCUGAAUGCCCUGUCACAUGACUCGGCCAUUGGUUUAGUUCAGUUUGCACUGGACAGUGGCGUACAGCUCACGGAGGUGUUUGUGGACACAGUUGGCCCUGCUGAGAAGUACGAGGAUAAGCUCUCCAAGCUCUUCCCAGGCAUCAGUGUGACAGUGAGGCCAAAAGCGGAUUCCCUCUUCCCAAUCGUCAGUGCAGCCAGUAUCUGUGCAAAGGUGGCCAGGGACCAUGCUGUGAAAAACUGGACCUUCCUUGAGGACCUGGGAGAGGUGGAUACCGACUAUGGCUCAGGAUACCCAAAUGACCCAAAGACGAAAGCAUGGCUGCUCAAGUACUUGGACCCACUGUUUGGCUACCCCCAGUUUGUGCGCUUUAGCUGGAGCACGGCCCAAGCCUUAAUUGACAGCAAGGGGGUGACCGUCCACUGGGACGAUGACGAGGAUGGAGAGAAGGCAGCGCAGCGGCAAGCCAAGAGAUCCAUGUUGUCUUACUUCAGUGCGCCAGGUGGCAGCAACAUCCAAACACAUCGCUUCUUUACUGAACGGAGGCUGAAGAGCAUCGACACACUCUGAGGACACUUAAGGUUUUACAUAUACAUGGUCCUGUUGUGUACUAGUACUGAGUUGUCUGUCUAGACGCACAAGGACAAUGCUUUCAUCACCACUCAAAACAUGACUGUUGGAAUAUCUUUAUUUGUGUCCUGUGUGUGCAUGUGUGAGUGUGUGUAUUUUUAAUGUUUUGUUUGAACUUGACUGUUUUCUGAAAGAGAAACAUCUGAAUACUGAUAAAUGUAUUGUUUUUAAUCCUGAAACUGCUCUCUAGUGGCAGCAUGGAAAACGUUUUAGAAGCAUAGUUUUACAUAGCCGACAAAAUCACUUGAUAUUGAAAUAAAACGCACUCAGUGAUUGAAUGGUAUUGUAAAAAAAAAAAAGUAACACAAUACAUUUCCAAAUUUCACUUCCAAUUGAUUACUUGAUAUGAAACUUAGAAGCAGCCAGUCAACACGAUUGCAUCAAUAACAUUCAAUUUUGAUUCAGUUAAAAACAAAUCCAAUUCAGAAACAGCAUCAUCAUUUUAUAAAAGAGACAAAAAUAGCUUGUGAUGCCGGCUUUUGGCUCUUAUGUGUUGGACACAUUUAAUGCAAUACACAUUUUGAGGUUUGACCUCAGUCUUGCUUUAAAUAGUUCAAAUUUCAAACUAGUACACAAAAUAUAGAAUCGCUAUAUUUUACAUCUUACCAUGGAGACUAGUGGGUACAGGUGUGAGAUCAAUUGAGGCAUAGUGACAUGAGAAGUUCUUUUUUGCAAGGUCUUAAGGCGUUGGUCCUUGACAUGGUUGCCAAUCUUUGCUGAAAUCCCAUACAGUCGCUGUUUUUGGGUCAC